AUGCCAAAAGACGACCCUGAAACCACUGCCCUGAAGAAGGAACUGACGGAUCUGAUCGCUAAUGUGAAGGCGGCUCAAGAAAAAGUGGCCGAUGCGAAGCUCGUGGAGAAGUGCGGCGACCUGGGCGACGUCCCGAAGAUACGGUUUGUGACAAAGAAAACUCUGAAGGGACACAUCAAUAAGGUGAACUCCGUCCAUUACAGCGGGGACUCCAGACACUGCGUAACUGGGUCGCUGGAUGGAAAACUUAUCAUCUGGGACACGUGGAGCGGCAACAAGGUUCAGGUCAUUCCCUUGCGCUCUGCCUGGGUCAUGAGCGUCGCCUUUGCACCAUCAGGCAAUUUCGUCGCCUGUGGAGGCAUGGACAACAUGUGCACGGUAUACGACGUGAACAACCGGGACGCGACCGGCGCCGCGAAGAUGGUCCGCGAGCUCGCCGGCUACGAGGGCUUCCUCAGUUCUUGCCGCUUCCUUGACGACACGCACAUUCUCACCGGCUCCGGAGACAUGAAAAUAUGCGUAUGGGAUUUAGAGGCUGGUAAAAGAGAGAUGGACUUCAAUGCACACGCUGGUGAUGUUGUCAGCAUCUCUCUAGGGCCGGAAAUGAAGACGUACGUGACUGGUUCAGUGGACCGCACCUGCAAGCUGUGGGACGUCAGGGACGAGAAGGCCAAGCAAACAUUCUUCGGCCACGACGCGGACGUGAAUAGUGUUUGCUACCAUCCAAGCGGUCAAGCGUUCGCGACCGCCUCCGAGGAUAAAACGGCGCGUCUCUUCGACAUACGCAGCGACCAGCAGCUGGGACACUACACACCGCCCGGGAACAGCGGGUUCACCAGCUGCGCUCUAUCGUUGAGCGGACGCUAUCUCUUAGCUGGGUCCGAUGACAAUGCUGUCCACUCUUGGGAUACGCUCAAAGUUUGCCAUACAGGAACUCUUAACGGGCACGAGAAUAGAGUCACAUCAAUUUCUGUAGCACCCAACGGCAUCGCGAUGGCAAGUUGCUCCUGGGAUCAAAGCGUCAGGGUUUGGGGUUAA